AUGCUCAUCGCGCGGUAUUUCUCGCUCCUUGCCACCUUGGCCUGUGCCACGGCGGCGCCUUUAAUAGAGAGAACAGGACUCUUGCCUCCGAGUCAAGAUCCGUGGUAUCAAGCGCCCAAAGACCUCGAUGCCCUUGCGCCCGGCUCCAUCCUGAAGAGCCGGAAGCCCCCGGCUCCCAUUGCCGCGUUUGGCAUCGAGUCGGUCAAUCUCCAAGCCGCCCAUCAAAUCAUGUACAAGACGACCAACAGCUUCAACGGCUCAACAGCAACAGUCACAACCGUCCUGAUCCCCCACAACGCUGACCUGACCAAGGUCCUCUCCUACCAGUCCAUUGUCGACGCCGCGUCCAUUGACUGUGCGACAUCCUACGCUCUCCAGCUGGGGUCCAAGUCUGGCGUAGUCUUUGGCACAUUCACAACCCAGGCGGAACUGUUCCUGAUUGCCGCCCUGUUGGACAAGGGCUGGGUGGUUGUUCUGCCCGACUACCUGGGUCCGCACUCUGCCUUUCUCGCCAACAGACUCGCCGCGCACGCCGUGCUGGAUGGCAUCCGGGCCGUGACCAAGUCCACCGCCUUCACGGGCGUCCAGCACAACGCCACGGUCGCCCUAUGGGGGUACUCGGGGGGCAGCGUCGCAACCGGCUGGGCCGCCGAGCUGCAUGCCUCGUACGCGCCGGAGCUCAACAUUGUCGGGGCCGCGCUCGGCGGCACGGUGCCCAGCAUCCCCCCCGUCGUCAAGGCCGUCAACAAGGGCUACGCCGCGGGUCUGUUGCCCUCGGGCUUCCUAGGCCUGGCGGCCGAGUAUCCCGAGCUCAAGGGCAUUAUUCACGAGCAAGUUGUGCCGCAGCACAGACCGGCCUUUGAGAAGGUCAAGAAGCAGUGUCUGGUGGCUGAUCUGGAGGAGUUCUUCUACGAAGACAUCGUCUCCAUGCUCGAGGAGCCGUCUAUUCUUACGUCUGGCUCGCUUGCCACCAUUCUCGGCGAGGUCGCGAUGGGGAAGAGCGCGCCCAAGAUGCCGCUUUACGUGUACAAGCCCGUUCAUGACGAGAUUAGCCCCGUGGCCAACACGGACGACUUGGUCGAGUUUUACUGCGCCAAUGGCGGCUCGGUCCAGUACGAGAGGGACUGGGUUUCCCUUCAUGGCACGCUGUUGGCUACCGGUGCUCCGAAGGCUCUGUCCUGGUUGAUCGGCCUUGUGGACGGCAAGCCCCAACCUACUGGCUGCUCUACGAGUAACGUGUUUUCCUCAUUUUUGGACCUCAAGGCCCUGGAGAUUUUCCCCAAGGCUAUCCUGGAUGACCUGUGGGCGCUGCUGAAAGAGCCCAUUGGCCCCCGUCGCCAUUGGUAUUCGCUGUGA